UUUUUUUCUGUAUACGAUAUUGGCCGACUGAUUUACGGUGUUGCACCAGGUUUGAGCUUAGGGGUGAAGCAAUGUGAUGUGAUUCUUUUGGCUUACUGUUUUCUAACAUUUUGAUCAUGUCUAGUUUUAGCAGAUCUGCUCAGCAAUGGGCUACCUUUGCAAGAUCGUGGUAUUUAAUAGAUGCAAGAAUGCAGCCUCCAGGAAAGAUUUCAACCAUGUGCUCUAUCAGACUGCAGGGGAAACACAAGCCUAUCUAUCACGCACUGAGUGACUGUGGCGACCAUGUGGUCAUCAUGAAUACAAGACACAUCGCCUUUUCUGGGAACAAGUGGGAGCAGAAGGUCUACUCUUCUCACACGGGAUACCCAGGUGGAUUCAAGCAAGUCACGGCAGUCCAGCUUCAUCAGAAGGACCCCAGAGCGAUCAUCAAGCUGGCCGUCUACGGGAUGCUUCCCCGAAACCUACUGAGGAGAACCAUGAUGCAGAGGCUGCACCUCUUCCCCGACGACGAUCUCCCGGAGGACAUCCUGAAGAACCUGACGGAAGAGCUACCGCAGCCCAGGCGGAUCCCGCGGAAGCUGAGCGAGUACACACAGGAGGAGCGGGACGCCUUCCCCGGGAUUUGGGUCCCGCCUGAAGAUUUCAGGAUGAAAUGAUUUGUGCAGCUGACAGCGGGGACCCACCACCUGCCAUACUCACGACUCCCCAGGACUGCUUCCAGCUGCGAGAACGUCCCGCGGAUCCCGAUAACGCCUCGUCCUGGCAGCUGAGCUGAGCUCCGCCGUUCGUUUUUUCGCCUGUAGCCGUCCGGCUAAAACAGCAAGAGAUGGACUGACCUGCGGUCGCAUAUUUCAUCUGCCUGAUUUUCAAAGUGUAUUAAAGUUCCUUUUUUUGGCCCCCG